AUGGAGCGCAUCACCCGCAUCUGCUGGGAGGUCGAACUGACGACCGUCGCCGAGAUCAGGUUGGUCGGCCACUUCCGACGCAUGCUCGUCUCCCUGGGCGGCGGAGUGUCACUACAAAAACAACAACAACAGCAGCGCCCGUCCAAACUCGCCAACGGAGCCAAUGUCCCUCAUCCGGUCAAAAUCAACAACCCAGAUGAUUUAACAUCCAUGUCUUCCGAUCUGAAACUCAUCUCGUCAAAUCUGGCCCGGCUAGAGAACGAAAUUAGUCAGAAAAUGAUUGAAACGAUGGGCGAACCGCUGGCGUCUUCUGCUGGCGUCAAUGAAACUUGCAACAAGAACAACAGCAGCAGCACACUGGGCAGGAGAAAGUCACGACUGGCUCCUCAACCACCUUCGCCGGUGGCCAGAAAUCAUUCCCAUCCGGUGGAACUUCUUCUGAGCGAGUUGGCCAUCCGUACCCCCCACCAAGUUGGUCAUCGGCAUCGCCAAGACGGUGGCCACUCAGUGGUGACACAAACCCCAAAAUCUCCUGCGUCAAGGCGUCUGUUGCGAGGCCCAGUUUACGGUUACUGGCGGAUUUGUAACUCAGGCAGAGAUAUCCAUGUAGAAAUCCAUCCGUUUGGCAUCCAGCAACACUUAGAUAAUUACCGAGGCCUCUAUGGCAGCCUUGAAAUUAAUCCGGUACACGAUCGAAGACACAACGGAUUGCAUGUCGGCAAUUCCGGCCGAUCUGCAACGUCGAUGUUGCACGGUCCCCCUUUUGCACUGUUAUUUUCUAUCACAGAACCGCAGAUUUAA